AUGCGGUACACGCAUGCUAUUGUUGUUCGUAUCCCACAUCAUGUGAAAACAGAAAAAAGAAUAAAAAUCGAUUUAGCAUUAGCUGAAAAACAACUGGAAGAGCUCUGUGAAACGCUUAGAGAAGCUGGUGUUGAUAUUAUUGAACUUUCACCCGAGGAGCGUUGUGUACAACAAAGUUUAUUUACCGGCGAUGCUGCCAUUUGUAUUAACGGUACUGCCUUGAUUACUCGUCCAAGAAAAAGUGGAAGCCGAUUACUUGAGAUUAGCAAUUUGCUUAAUCAACUUGCCUGGCAGGUUGUACAAACACCACAAGUUUCUGAACAUAAUAAAGAAAUCGUGCUCGAGGGCAGUGAUGUACUAUAUACUGGUAAAGAAGUGUUUGUCGGUAUACGAAAGAAUGGUACCAACAUGGAAGGAGCACUGAUCGUUGCACGAACAUUUUCUGAUUUAGCUGUAAUGCCAAUUACACUUCCCGGAAAUCAGUCUUUAAGACAUUAUGUUUCGCUCAUUUCAUCCGACAUUCUUGCAGUGGGUAGUUCCAAAGAAGCGAGACAAGUUGUACAACGGAUGGAGCGGGAAGCAACCUUCCGGUACAAAACCCUAACGGUGAAACAUGAUGAAGCUGUGAAUUGUUUAAAUGUUAAUGAUUACGUUAUUUACCGACAAGAUACUCCAGAAACGAAAUUCCAAAUCCUUCAUGAACCGAUCCAAAUGGUUGGGAUAACGGCGGGUGAACUGGCAAAAAUUGGCAGUCCCAUUUCACGUCUCGUUUUGCUCACUAUGAAAAUGAAAAUUUUGAAAUCUCUCUGGUGA